CGGCGUGAAUGAUCAGGAUGGUAAAAAAAAAUUAAAAAUAAAUUGAUGUUAUAGUUAAUUUGAAACAAUAUGACAGAUUUAGAGUAGAUGAAUGUGACGGAUUGCACUAUGCAGAGGACGUUCGGCCUGAACAGCGGUGUUUUUCUUCUCACAAAAUAGGCUUUGCCAGCUCAAUCUCUGCUAAAACACACGCUGAUAGGGUUUUGGCAAGCGCACGAAAACUGGAGACAUUUUUGUGAAUUGUUUAAUAUCAUUUUAGGCUACGUUCCGGACUAUUUUAGGACUGGGCUGUCAUUUUAAUGGUUUCUCUACGCUUAGUAUUCGUUGUUAAUCACCCUUCUGUAUGAGCGCAUGCGCAAUGGCAGGCCGCGAGCAGCAUCAGCAGCUGGAGAUGAAGGCAGAGCUGGAUGAUGCAGAAAUGGCAUUGCAGGGCAUAAGUAUGCUCCUCAACAAUGGGUUCAAAGAAAGCGACGAGCUCUUCAGGAGAUACAGGACCCAAAGUCCCUUGAUGAGCUUCGGAGCCAGUUUCGUGUCCUUCCUGAAUGCCAUGAUGACGUUUGAAGAGGAGAAGAUGCAGAUGGCCUGUGAUGACCUGCGUACCACAGAGAAACUGUGCGAGAGUGACAAUGCUGGCGUCAUCGAGACCAUCCGCAAUAAAAUCAAGAAAAGUAUGGACUCUCAGACGUCAGGGUUGGCGAUAGUGGAUCGACUCCAAAGGCAGAUCAUAGUGGCUGACUGCCAGGUCUACCUUGCUGUGCUCUCGUUCAUCAAGCAGGAACUCUCAGCAUACAUUAAAGGAGGCUGGAUCCUCCGCAAGGCUUGGAAGAUGUACAACAAAUGCUACAGUGACAUUAGCCAGCUUCAGGAGGCAUGUCGCAGGCGUUCCUCUGAUCAGGCAAAUCACAAUACGCCUGUUGCUGAAAGCAGUGGUGGGCUGACAGAGGAGGCACUGGGCCGUCUGAAGGGCUCAGUCAGUUUUGGCUAUGGUCUUUUCCAUCUCUGCAUCUCUAUGGUUCCCCCCCACCUACUGAAGAUAGUCAACCUGCUGGGAUUCCCAGGAGAUCGACACCAGGGCCUGGCAUCGCUCAUCUACGCCAGUGAGAGCAAAGACAUGAAGGCACCACUGGCCACGCUGGCUCUCUUGUGGUACCACACAGUGGUGCAGCCCUUCUUUGCGCUGGAUGGCUCUGAUUCCCGGGCUGGGCUGCUUGAAGCCAAAACCAUCCUGCAGAAGAAAGCAGUAAUUUACCCCAACUCGUCUCUCUUCAUCUUCUUCAGAGGACGAGUGCAGAGGUUAGAGUGCCAGAUAAACAGUGCACUGGCAUCUUUCCACGAUGCCCUGGAGUUUGCUUCAGACCAAAGAGAGAUCCAACAUGUGUGUCUCUAUGAGAUCGGGUGGUGCAGUAUGAUUGAGAUGAACUUUGAAGAUGCUUAUAAGGCUUUUGAAAGACUAAAAAAUGAGUCCAGGUGGUCACAAUGCUACUAUGCUUACCUAACUGGAGUAUGCCAGGGUGCGUCAGGUGAUUUGGAGGGGGCAAACGCUGUUUUCAGAGAUGUACCGAAGCUCUUCAAACGCAAGAACAAUCAGAUUGAGCAAUUCGCAUUCAGGAGGGCAGAACGAUUGAGGAAGCUGGGUGCCACACAGGAGCUGUGCAUUCUGGGAGUUGUUGAGGUGCUCUACCUAUGGAAGGCUCUUGCAAAUUGCUCAUCCUCCAAACUGCAGCUCAUGAGCCAAGUACUGCAGGGCCUGGACGACCCAUCCUGCCAGGGUUUAAAACAUCUGCUUCUCGGUGCUAUACAGAAGUGUCUUGGAAACAUUAAAGAUGCUGUCCAGUCCUACCAGAUGGCAGCCAGGGACGAGCUAGGCCGACUGAACAACUCUUACGUGCAGCCGUACGCCUACUACGAGCUAGGAUGUGUGUUAUUGACUAAACCUGAGACUUUGAGUAAAGGAAGGUCGCUGUUGCUUCAGGCAAAGGAGAACUGUGCAGGAUAUGAUUUUGAGAACAGACUACACGUGCGAAUCCACACAGCCCUUGCCUCUGUGAAGGAAGUGGUCCCGCUGUGACCCCAAACGACCCAGGAAGUGCAUUUUACAGGGACCAGUCCUGUUUGGCACCUUUUAAAAUGCAAGCCAUUAAAAGCAUUCUCUUUCUUUUCUUUUUUUUUUUUUGUGAA